AUGUAUUACAAUGGGGGCACAAAUCCCACGUAUUACAAUGGGGGCACAGAUCCCAUGUAUUACAAUGGGGGCACAUAUCCCACGUAUUACAAACGGGACAUAGAUCCCACGUAUUACAAUGGGGGCACAGAUCCCAUGUAUUACAAUGGGGGCACAUAUCCCACGUAUUACCAACGGGACAUAGAUCCCACGUAUUACAAUGGGGGCACAGAUCAGACGGUUUACAAUGGGGACAUAGAUCCCACGUAUUACAAACGGGACAUAGAUCCCACGGAUUACAAUGGGGGCACAGAUCACACGUUUUACAAUGGGGACACAGAUCCCACGGAUUACAAUGGGGGCACAGAUCCCACGUAUUACAAUGGGGACAUAGAACAUAUUACAAUGGGGGCACAGAUCCCACGUCCCACAUAUUAUAAUGGGGGCACAGAUCCCACGUAUUGCAAUGGGGGCACAGAUCUCACGUAUUACAAUGGGGGCACAGAUCCCACGUAUUACAAUGGGGACAUAGAUCCCACGUAUUACAAUGGGGGCACAGAUCCCACGUAUUACAAUUGGGACACAGAUCUCACGUAUUACAAUGGGGACAUAGAUCCCACGUAUUACAAUGGGGACACAGAUCCCACGUAUUACAAUGGGGGCACAGAUCUCACGUAUUACAAUGGGGGCACAGAUCCCCCGUAUUACAAUGGGGGCACAGAUCCCACGUAUUACAAUGGGGACACAGAUCUCAUGUAUUACAAUGGGGACACAGAUCUCACGUAUUACAAUGGGGACAUAGAUCCCACGUAUUACAAUGGGGACAUAGAUCCCACGUAUUACAAUGGGGACAUAGAUCCCACGUAUUACAAUGGGGUACAGAUCCCAACGAUUUUGUCAUUACUCAAAACCUGUGAGUCCACGGUCUAA